AUGGCUGCCAACACCACCUCUCCGGAAAGCCUGUAUGAAGAUUAUGAGGACUAUCCUGAUUUGGAGGAGAACGCAAGCCUCCGCAACUCGAUGCACAUCCUCUCCAUGGUGAUCUACAGCGUCGCCUUCUUGUUAGGGGUGGCUGGAAACGGCCUGGUCAUUUUCAUCACGGGCUUCCACAUGAAGAGGACGGUGAAUGCUGUCUGGUUCCUCAACUUGGCCAUUGCCGAUCUGGUUUUCACUUCGUUCCUCCCGCUGAGCGUGGCCUACAUAGCCCUGGGCUUCCAUUGGCCCUUUGGGAAGCCGCUGUGUAAACUCAUCAGCACGGUGGCCUUCCUCAACAUGUUCGCCAGCGUCUUCCUCCUCACCAUCAUCAGCAUGGACCGCUGCGUCUCUGUCAUGUGCCCUGUCUGGGCCCAGAACCAUCGGACACCUCGAUUGGCUUCUCUGGUGGCCCUGGGCAUCUGGAUAGCUUCCUUGGCCCUCAGUUCUCCUUAUUUUGUCUUCCGGGAUCUGAGAGGUUCUCCCGCAGAAGAGAACACCACUCACUGUUACAACAAUUUCGCCUUAUCUGAAGGUUUCCAGUCCGAGGAGACUGUGAAGCUGGGAGAACGCCGCGCUCAGGCCUUGGUGUUGACCCGUUUCGUGGCCGGGUUCUUGGUGCCGUUCGCCAUCAUUCUUCUUUGCUACGGCAUUAUCACGGUCAGGCUGAAGGGGACUCGCCUCACCCGCUCGAGUAGGCCCUUCAAGAUCAUGGUGGCCGUGGUCGUGGCCUUCUUUAUCUGCUGGCUCCCUUAUCAUGUCUUUUCCUUCUUGGAAAUGUCGGCGGCCGGGGUGACGCCUGGACUACAGACCUUUCUGGUGGUGGGAAUACCCUUGGCCUCAAGCCUGGCUUAUCUCAACAGCUGCCUGAACCCUUUCCUGUACGUCUUUGUGGGGCAGGACUUCCGGGAGAAGCUACGGACGUCCAUUUUGGCUGCCCUAGAAAGCGCCUUCAGUGAGGCCACAGGGCAGACCUUAACCAAGAGCAAAUCUAGUGUGGAAGUAGAGUGUCACACCCUUUAA